ACUCCUAUGGUUUAUAGUUUGGCCCUGGCGACCGAGCAGGCUGGUUUAUUAUUGCAAAUAAAUUGCUUUUUAUUUCAUAUUACUUUGGUCAUACCUUGACAAAAUGCCUCGGAAAGCCAUGAAAUGUAUAGUGGAAUUUGAUAUACAUACGGUGCUUUGUCCGGGAACAUACCUACGAGAUUAUGGUUAUAUUUAUCUGCGAGUAUCUUGCAUGGGCUUAGAUGUCUCUACUAAAGCUGUUCCCCCGACAUUUCCUCUAUUUUUUCACGAAAGACUUCGAUUUGAACGGACUUUUAAAAAUUGUCAAGAUCCUGCUUAUGUGUCUGUCUUACUCAAAGGUGAAGAUUUGACAAUUGAACUGAAGCAGCAUGAUGAUUAUAUAUCAGAUGGUUAUGUGAUUGCACAUUAUUCUUCCAAUGUGAAAGAUUUUCUUUAUCCAACUUCUGUGUCUUCAAAUCUUCCUGGUCGAGAUGUAACUCUUUACAAAACAUCACUUUUUAAUCCAAUCAGGAUCACAGGUGAACCUGUCCGUCUAGAAUUUGCAACAAAGACAACGUUGAAAGAGGUUCCUGAUCCUAAUGACUUCAGUAAAUCGACUGAAUCUGAAGAAGAAGUGAUACCUUAUUCUAACAGGCCAAAGUCUUCUAGCAACCACAGGUCUAGGUCUCCUCACAGACUAUGCCAGGCUGACGAAACAAUACAUAACAAUUCAGAGUUUGUUGUUCGUCAUAAAGAUGAUAAGUUAUUGGAAAAUCGUGACUUUUCUACUUUUAUAAAUCCCAAGCCACGACGAUCAAGAUCACCCACGCGAAGAUCAAGGUCUUUGUCUCCAUCAAAACGUUUGGAUGGAAAUGCUACCUCUCAGUCUAUACCAGCUUGGAAAUACUCAGUUGACUUCCCAAGAAGCAGUGAAACGCGGCGAAGACCAAGACAUAGCCGCUCUGCAACAGAACCAGCAUCGUUUGCAUCAUCAUUUCGAUCUCCUAGCCCUAGUCGCAGUCUCAGAUUUGCUUUGGAUGAUCUGGAUAUAACAUCAGGAUUAUCUCGGUCUUUUACUGAUGCAACAUUACGUCAUAAGACAAGAUAUUCACCUCAUUUGUCUGCAGCACUGUCAGCAUCAGAUAGAAUACAAUCUCGUGUUGACAGGGUGAUGAGGGUUGCCCAAGACUCUGAUACAGAAAGUGUGGAUUCUUUGGAUGUGCUGAGGGAUUCUCUGAGAGAAGAACGCAAAGCUCUUAGUGAUGCAAUACGAGAGGCUGACAGAAAGGCAUAUUACAAAUCUUUAGGAAUUGAUCUAUAAAAGAAGAGCCUGGCCUGUGAGGUUGCUAUGUACUUUCCAUGCAAGAUAACAUGAUUUAUAAAGCUUCCUGGUGUUUGACUUGUAACACUAAGUGU